AUGGUCUUACUUUUCCAACUGCUGUUAAUUAUAUCGGCAUGUUCUGCAUCCAGAUUGCCCAUCGUCGAUCUCGGCUACGAACUGCACCAAGCAAGCUCCUUUAAUAGUGAGAGUGGUCUUUAUAACUUCAGUAAUAUUCGAUACGCUGCUCCUCCGGUAGGAGAUUUGCGAUUUCGAGCUCCUGUUUCGCCAGCCAAGAAUCGAUCACAGAUUCAAAAUGGUACGGUCGGCCGAAUCUGUCCCCAGGCCAAUGGGAUCUGGAUUGAGAAUAUCAUGCCUGCUUUUUUAUUGAGUAUAAUUGAGGGCACAACAUUCAACCAGUCGACGAAUAUUUCGUCUUAUCCUUAUGUGCCGCAACCGCAAGACUCGCGCACUACUGAAGAUUGUCUUUUCUUGGAUGUGGUUGUUCCCAAAAAGGUGUUUAAUCGGUCGCAGUCGCAUGGAAGACAGUAUUGGAAGAAGAAGAAAUUGGCACCAGUGCUGGUUUGGAUCUAUGGCGGAGGAUACGUUUCAGGGGAUAAAAACCUCGAAGAUCCUUCGGGAUUGGUCGAGCGGAGUACUGUCAAUGGAGAUGGGGUUGUGUAUGUUGCGAUGAACUAUCGACUGGGUGCGUUUGGUUGGCUUGGAGGUGAUACUCUCCAGGCGAGUGGAACUGCAAAUGCAGGACUCCACGAUCAACGCUUCGCUUUGGAAUGGAUUUAUAAAAACAUUCAUCUAUUCGGGGGCGAUCGCGAUCGAGUCACGGUCAUAGGUGAGUCAGCAGGUGGAGGCUCCAUCAUGCAUCAAAUCACCGCAUAUGGAGGCGCAGCUGGCCCUGCUCCAUUUCAACAAGCGAUUGUGCAAAGUCCCGGAUGGGUCCCAGUACCAGACAAAAAGCAGCCAGAGGAUACCCUGCAACAGUUUUUGGGAAUUCUGAAUGUCAGCACCAUCGAUGAAGCGCGUGGACUCUCAUCGAAGAGGCUGAUUGCCGCCAAUGCGUAUCAGGUAGCUACCAAAUCUCCAUGGGGUGAGCUUGUCUAUACGCCAGUUGUGGAUGGGACCUUUGUCCCCAAACUACCUGGACAACUUCUUAAGGAGGGCAAAUACGAUCAUAAUCUGAGUGUCAUGGUAGGAAACAAUGCGAAUGAUGGCAUCAUGUUUACCUCCCCUGACAGCGUGAAGAGUGACUAUCUCUCGAAAAUGCUGAAGGAAUACUAUCCUUUUAUCCAGCAGAAUAUUACAGAUUACAGCCUUGAUGUGCUCUACCCCGCUGUGUAUAAUGGGUCCUAUCCAUACACUAACUCGCUUGAACGUACUGCUUUCCUGAUUCAGGAAUCCAUCUUUGAGUGUAACACUGAGUACCUCGACUGGGCAUAUGAUGCCAAAACCUUUGCUUAUGAGUUCAGUGUUCCUCCCGCGCUGCAUGGUCAGGAUACCUUGUAUACUUUUUACAAUAAGGGGAAGCAAGGUAAUCAGGGUGGUCUUUCUGGACUCGAUGUUCAUAAUGAGACCAUCGCAUUUGUGAUGCAAGAUUACUUUACCAGCUUUGCUCAGUCUGGUAUUCCCAGCUCGGCUCUCGGACCAACUUUCAAACGGUAUGGAGCGGAGCGCGCAAUGCUGGAUAUUGGCAACGAGACGAUCCGGUCUAUUCGGGAUCCUACUAGUGCUUCUAGGUGUCGUUUCUGGCAGACGGCGCCUUAUUAUUGA